AUGCGGCUGCAUAAACAGGAGACUAUUGAUGCUCCUGCCCAGCUUGCACAACAGAUGUCAUUUGAAAAAUGGAAGGCAAUCUUAGUCAGAAUACUUGAUUGUAUUCUGUAUCUAGCCAGGCAAACCUUACCCUUACGUGGUCACUCUGAAGAUUUAAAUACAGAUGGUAACUGUGGAAAUUUCUUAGAAACUUUCAAGUUACUCACCAAAUAUGACCCAGUUGCCAAACAACAUCUUCACAGAGUACAACGCACGGAUGGUUACAUUGUGUCCUAUCUCUCUCCACAGAGCCAGAAUGAGUUUAUUAACCUGCUCGGCGAUCACAUUCGAACAGUCAUCUUUCAAAAUAUCAUAAAGGCCAAGUAUUUUGCUAUAAUGUUUGAUAGCACUCCUGAUAUUUCACACACUGACCAAAUGUCCCAAGUGAUUCGAUAUGUGCAUAUUGAAGAUUCAGGAGUCCAUGUGACAGAGUCUUUCAUUGACUUUAUUUAG